AGCUUUGAAGUCUUUCCAACCGUUCAAGACAGUCAGAACCCAGAAGCAGACCAAGAGAUGCAAAUAGUUGAAGAUUUGCAUGUUGCUCGUGUUGAGAAGAGGAUAGCGCUGUCUGUAGUACAGACCUGUGGAGAACUUACAAGUAUGGAAAUAGAUCUUCCAGAACAGGAUUUAAAUAUUUCUGCUGGGGCUUUUACAUCUGGUCUGAACAUAUUGGUGGUGAUUGACACAAAUAUAAUGAUUAGUCACCUUGAGUUUGUCAGAUCCUUGAAAUCUGAGGAUAUACCAGGGGUUGACAGACUUGCAUUAAUAAUUCCUUGGGUUGUUCUGCAAGAGUUAGAUAACUUGAAGAAGGGAAAAAUGUUGCAGCAUGUUCGGGACAAAGCUAUCCCUGCAGUCCAGUUCAUCUACACGUGUCUCAAAAAACAAGAUUCAAAACUGUGGGGGCAAUCCAUGCAGCUUGCUUCUCAAAAAACAUAUGGCCUGAGUGACGAGAACAAUGACGAUCGUGUUUUACAAUGUUGCCUGCAGUAUCAGAACCUUUUUCCUCAAGCUGUUGUCAUACUCUGCACGGAUGAUAAAAAUUUAUGUAGUAAAGCCAUUGUGAGUGAUGUCAAGGCAUUCUGCAAAGCUGACUUGGUGACUGCUCUACAGAAUCUGAAUGUAAACAGGCACCAAAGCUGUGUUGAGCUGCAACAGUCAAAACGUGAUGCAGGAUUUGAGAAAACAGAAAGUGGUGAUACCAGUCUUACUGCACGAUUCCCAGAUAUACUUCCAAACCUUGAAAAGAACUUAGGAGAAGCUUUAUCUUGUAUUUUGGAGACUGAAAUGAAAAUUGCAUUCGGAAACCUGUGGAUGGAGAUUCUCUAUCUGAAGCCACCAUGGACAUUAGCAAACUUGCUGAAGUGUUAUAAAAAACACUGGAUGGCUGUUUUUGGUUAUAUUGUGCCAAGGAGUUUACUUUCAACUGUUGAAUGUCUCUGUAAAUACAUUUGUACAGAUAAAACAAUUGACUCCUCAACAGCUGGUGUCUUGCUCCAGGAAUCCAAAAAAUUACUUCAUGCUUUCAGUUCAAGGUCAGACUACAACGGUGUACUUCCCCGGGCUUAUGCUGAAGUGAAUAAGCUCCACCAAGCGCUUACGGAGGUGAGGUCAGACAGUGAGCAGGAUUUAUCAGAAGACAUCACAGUUCUUUCAGAAAAUGCUGUAUGUGAAAAAAUGGAAGCAAUUACACCAAAUCUGCAAAACUCUGAAGAAAAAAAGUUACAUCCCAGCUUUCAUGUGGCUCAAGAAAACAGACACCAGGAAAUCUGGUCAGUCCUUGAAGGUGUAUGGAAUACAAUAAACUUAUACAGUAUUGAAAUUUUCCAAAAGUUGAACCCCAGCGCGCUAACUGCGACUGCAAAGUCUUCAUUUGAGGAAGCUUUUUUACGUCUGCAGAAACUGUUGACAGCUGUGAAUGAUAUCCGUGAAGGUAUUAGUAGAAUUUUGACCCCAACCAGUAGUUUCCAAGAUAUUUGGACUCUUUAUAACUUCCUUAUAAGCAACGAGAUAAAUAACAGUAUAACAUUCACGGCUGAGGAGCUUUAUGAGUGUGUUUCACAAGAAAGAUAUCGGGGAAGGCUGGAAGUUGGCUGUUGCCAGCUGGUGCAGCUGGAGCACACCAUUAAGCAGUGCCAUGCAUCGGUUCACAUGGAGGCCAGGAACAGGGGCUGGCUGUGA